UCAAGCAGUCCAUUGAACACCCCGUAUCGUAUCAGCUCCUUGUUCAGGUAGGUACAGUAUAUAGGGUCCUUAGGGUCUCAGGCGGAUUCUCAAAGUCACAUCUCCCAGCAGGAGAACCAUGGAGGAGCUCCAGAGGAAACUGGACAAGAGGUAUGACAGCGAUCAGCUGUAUGACAGCAAACCCAGAAAGGUGAGGUUCAAGCUGGCUUCGUCGGUCAGCGGCAGGGUGCUGAAGCAUGUGUACGAGGAUGGCCAGGAGCUGGACAGCCCAGAGGAGAAAUACCCCCACAGCUUCCACAGCCACAAGAUGCCCAGACACCUGGAGAUGGAGCAGCUCUGUGGCUUCCAGGACAUGCAGGACCAGGGUCUGUACCCCCCUACCGGAUUGAUGGCCCAGAGGAUCAACGUCUACAGGGGGGGUGCUAACUACAGACCCUCUGCCCACAAUGAUACACCAGAGGGAGUCCCCAAUUCUUCAGUAUUGGACUUCGGAAAGAUAAUAAUCUACACCAGCAAUCUGCGGAUCAUCCGGGCCCCUCGGAGGGAAGAAGGGACGGGGCGACAUCCUCAGACCCCGGGGGGAGUGGACGAGUACUCACAGGGGCGUAACAGAGGGGGUAAGAGGAGGCCCAAAGCCCUCUGUGCUCAUGGGGAGGAGCAGAGCACACAUCCACAGGGCGGGGAGGAGCAGAGCACCAAUCGACAGGACGGGCAGGAUGCAGUGUCUGGCUGCCAGCAUUGUGGAGGUUCGGGCUGUGCCCCCUGCUCUCUAUGCCAUGGCAGCAAGCUGUCAAUGCUGGCCAACCGCUUCAAUGAGUCUAUCAGUGUGCUGCGAUGCCAGGCCUGCUACCCUGAUGGACUGGAGAGGUGCCAGUCCUGUACCAAAUAACACCAACCACUGGCUGUGUGUGAGCCCAUUGUCUCUCCUGAUGUAAUAGCACUGUAAUAUAAAAUGGUUAUGAUGGUUAUGGGAGCACUGCAUAUGUUUUGAAAGGAAUCAGAAUCCAAUUGUUGGAAGGGAAGGAGGCUACCAUACGUGCAGCUGGCUGAACCAUAGAGAACAAAGACACAUGAUAAGACAACAAAAUCACUCUGUUGGUGGUAGGUGGUGCAUCUGAGUCUCUGCAAAGAUAACAUGAACUACCAACUGGUUUCAUGAUGACUUAUCAUUUUAAUUAAAAUAAUGUAAAAUUAUUGCAUUUUAUCCACAAGGGAAGCUGUCCUAUCAUCCCCACAUUCACGAGAGAGAAAACCACUUUUAUCUCCCAUGUUAGGCCUAUAUAUAAGGCUAAUUGAUGCUUUCAUUUGGAGAGAGGGGAAGACUUUCAAUAAAUUAUGGAGAGGCUUUUGGGCAGCUCUGGAGGUAGAAAGAAAUGAAUUAGUGUUUUAUCUUCCUAAUGCUGAGGUAAUUGCUUCCAGAGUUGUCUUUGUGAGAAUGAAUAAAAUGGACACAUGCCUUAUU